AUGCCGUUACAACCACUGACAUCCCUCACGAUUUCUACGAACACCUUUGCAAACUUCCCUCCCCCCCUACGUCAUGUGAGAAGGUUUUUUCUAAGUAAAAGGCAAAAAACAAGCCAUUCCAAUCGUUGAGAAGAACGUCAAACCUAUUUGUCCUGUGUAUUCUAACUUCUUUCUACUUUUUCUCAUUCAGGAGGAGGGCGUUAGCAGUGCCCGCAUGGAGGCCCACCUAAUGACUCUGCAGCCAGGAGUCCACGUGAAAUUCGUCCUGCACUUCAAGCCGCCUGUGGCCCUGGCAGAUCUGCGUGUCAAAGCUGAACUGCAUUCGAGUUCGGGCGCCGCCGUUGGUGGGUCGAACGCCAGCAGCCGUAUUCAGGACAUGUGGUUGCUGUUGGGCAAGGGCUUUGUUCCCCUGGCAGAGGAGGAUCAGGACUCAAUUCAGACGGAGGGCAAGGAGGCGCAAAUUCACUGCGGGCCGAUGUACAACAGGGGUCAGUCUCGCAGAGAAUUUGGUUAACCAAUAGCCGGCAUCCUUACGAAGGCCGAGAGAGCAGCUGGGACACCCCUCUGUCUGACGAAAGCUGCGUCUGAAAAAAAAAUAAUAGAAAAUAGGUGGGAUUCAUGGUUUGCGGGCAGUCAUCUUUCCUGCCUUGUUUAAUUUCUGGGGAAAUUAAUGCACGAAAUUGGGGCAAAUCUUUUGAGCCGACUUUUCCAUGCACGGUCCGAAAUUUGAUAUGAAUGUUUCGGCUGAAACUCAUCAGCUACAGUCGGUGACCGAUCUCAUUAAAUUUUGGCUGAAAUUUUGAAAUUCGUUUUUGAUUUGUAAGGAUUACUUAGAUGGGCUUGUAAUAUUGAUUAUCGUGAAACAAAAUCUACUCAUAUUGCGAACUCGGCACGAUGUCGGCUUUUGAACGCACUUCUUUUUGAUCACCUGAAGAAACCACACUCCGUAAAAAUAACUACUUAAGCAGCAUGCAUUUUUCGCAUUGUUUUCCGAUGACCAUAUAAACUAUAAUAUAUUUUAUAGAAAACUCGCGUAAACAUAUGCCUUCUUCUACUAAUGUGGUGGUAUGUCAAGUUGACUUUUUAUUUUAUUUUUGAAGACGGUGCACAUUAAGAUGUUAGAAACGUUUUCCAAUUCCCGAAUAAUUUUGAGCUAUAUUAGACGUUGCAUUAGCUUUUAUCGAUUUCCGUCUACAAGACGCAUGAUUUCCGCGUAAAAAAAUCAUUUAUUUCUCUAUGACUUUUACAAUGAGUGUGGACUUUGCUAUACAUUUCACAAAGAGUAUUGAUAAACAGACAGGCGCGAUAGUGUAUGAAUGUACAUUGCAUGGUUUGCUAAAUCGUGCACUUAAAAACUUUUCCAAAACCUAAAUAUACCCCCACCUUUCAACAUAAAACGUAAAGCCGACGUGAGUUAUCACCCGACAGGUAGAAAAGGGCCCUGCGGGCCGAUAUACAACAGGGGUCAGUUUCAUAGAGAACUUUUUUAGCUAGAAGCCGCCAUCCUUACAAAGUCCGAGAGAGUAGCUUGGGCGCUUCAGUUCUCUGUCUGACAAAAGCCAUGUCAGGAAAAAUAAUAGGAAAUCGGUAAGAUUCAUGGGUUGCGGACAGUCAUCUUUCUUGCCUUGUUUAAUUUCUGAGGAAAUUAAUGUGCGAACUUUGAGUAAAUCUUCUGGAGCAGACCUUUUCAUGCAAGAUGCGAAAUUCGAUAUGAAUAUUUGAGCUGAAAUUCAUUGGCUACUGAGGACUAACCGCGUAAUAUUCACAAACCGUCAACAGGCAGCUGCUAAUAAAGCAUAGCGAAAUUGUUUACCGUACGCCUUUAUCCCACAGUAGCUAAUUGAUUUCAGCUCACAUAUUCAUAUCAAAUUUCGGGCAGUGCGGGAAAAGGUCUGUUCCCAAAGAUUUUCCCGAAGUUCGCGCAUUAAUUUCCUCGGAAUCCAAGCAAGGUAAGUUUAAACUGCAGGUAAUGCAUCAUACAACACACGGGAAAAGCUGGGGGACCCACUGACGAGCCGAAACCAUCGCAGCCGCGUCAGGCAGCGGCAGCGGCGAAACACGCGUGUCCUGGCUUUAAGUUAAUACCUGUGUUGUUCGUACCGUAUGGAAUUACACAAGUCAUUUUUCUUGUAUGUGAUCACUCGGAGAUCGACUGACUACUGUUUGGCAGGUGGUACUCUGAUGUUUGUACAGUCAGCUGACAGAUCGACCACCCUCUGACAUACGCAUUACCCUAAUAUAUACGAUGGCAGAAUGGCCUCUAAAGGUCUGGGAAGGAGGGAAAUUAGGUUGCUCAGAUAUGACCUUGCCACCACCCCCCUAUAAGAAUGGCAACCCAGUCACUAUUUCCAUAAGUUAACAUCGACUAUGAACGAUAAUUAGCAGCUAGACAUCCUGCCUGAAUCAAAUAACUCAAAGUAGGCAGCAUGCUUAAAGACAAGAUCAAGUAUAUCCGAUUACCGGUUCGAAUUCUGUUCGAUUUCUAAAUGGCAAAAGCCUUAAAAAUAGACAACAGAUUCAUUGCUGCUUUUUAAUUUCCUCAGAAAUUAUCUACAAAGUUGGAGUAGAUCAGUAGGCUCAGACCGAGAUGCUUAUGUAUGAAUAUUUGGACCGAAGUCCAUCAGCCACAGCGGAUAACCGCGUAAUAUUCAUUAACUGCCGACAGGCAACUAGUAGUAUAUUGUAGGGAAAGGAGAUACCAUAAUAAUUGCACAAGUAGUAACCAAAAAACCACACGCGCGGGUUUCGCCGAUAUUCUGCCGCUGCAUGACACACAGCUAAAAAGGGUUCGGCUCAUCAGUGGGUCCCCCAGCAUUCACCAGCCGUCCAGAAAGCACACAGGGAAUGCUGGGGGAUCCAUUGAUGAGCAGAACCUCUCGCAGCUGUGUUAUGCAGUGGUAGAAUAUCGGCAAAACACGCGUGUAUGGGCUUCUUUAACUCCUCUUUCUGUUAAAUAAAAUGCAUAGAAGCACAUUAAAUAAAGAAAAAGGACGCACCCAAUCACUUAGUAAAAUUGGGCGUGCCAGGUGUUAUGCAGUAUUAAGGCCUCCAGGCCACUACAAGCCGUCAAUCAAAUGAAAGACACAUUUGUUGCUUAUUCUAUUGCAGGUAUUCAAAUGGCCGAGCCUCACUUGCGAGUAAAUUUAUAUUUUUGGAGUUUAAAUCCGGAAUCGUUUGCAGUUUGUUUGCAGUCGAAACCCUGACUGAUCGAUCGAAAUAAUGUUGCGUCAUUUAGAAAGGUAUAUACACCGUUACGCAAUUAAUCCAAGAGCUUUGAUUACAGUUUUUUGGUCCCGUAACUGCAGCCAAUCUUUUUUUUCACAGAUCGUAUUCGUUUAAAGAAACGUUUCCGUCAAAUCGGCCUUAGCAUUUCUAAAAGACAAAUGGGUGCUGACCGAUUAUGACGGUCAAAUUUCAUAAGACCACCUUUGUCUUACCCUUGUAAAACCGAUGUUUGACGCAUAAAAACCUCGAGUUAGCCCUCUUCGGUCGGCGGGCCUUGUUUUGUCCAACGCUCUACCAGCCAAACCAUGACCAGAUGUCUUGUCUGCCGCGAUCGGGAAUAUUAAAGGAUUAUGUAAUAAAAACAAAUCUCAUACGUCAAAAUCGUCAUAUUUUGUCCCCUAAUCAAGCCAGACCAGUGCACGGUCCUCAGACGUCGUUUUAUGUCUAUCCGACCGCAGGUCACGGAGCCGGAAUUCUGUCUCUAGGCGUUUCCUGAUGAUGACGGGUACGCCCGAAACUGGAGUCUCGGAAUCUAACAAGAAAAUGCCUUUUUUGCAGGUUUAAUCUACGAGCAGUAUGCCGUUGUCCCCAGAACAGCCGAUCACCUCACACUCCAUCUCGUGGUCACAGCCGAUACUGAGGCCUUGGUGGUCGUGGACAUCCACAUCGGUUCUCAGCUGUUUCAGAGGCAGUUUAAAUUGAAAAACGCCAGUGACACGGCACUCCGGGCCGUGCCCUUAUUCCUCUCUAGCAUGCGGUGGCCAAAUCGGCCUCAGGGAAUUCUGAAAACGGGGUGAGCUUCCUACUGCACUUUCUAUUAACUCGAGCAAUGCCAUAACUCCAAAUGUAGACAAAUCCUCGGUUAUGCUUACUACGAUGCACAAGAAUAAGAAGAAGAAGAAGGGAACGAAGACGAAAAAUAAUCGAUCAGUAAUUUUAAUAAAAAGGCGUUCAUAUCUAAAGUAUUCUUUUAAGUUUCCAGACAAACUUUACUGAAUAUAUAACUUCAAAAUCAUAUUUUACUGUAAUUCAAGGUUUAUCAUCUAAAUGGUUACUAAGUACACACUUCAGAAUCAGACAUUUUCUGUCAUGCUAUCCAUAGUUCGAUGGUUGACCUUGAUGUCUCCUUCUUCCCAUGGAGUUGGGCUCCUGAGCGGCCAUUGGUAUACACGUUGCGCAUUUUCCAUGGAUCGUCUUUGCGCUGCAUCUCAAACACCUCAGACGAACUUUCAACGCUGACUCACGUAAGUUUUUCAUUGUCCUGCACUCAGACCCGGCCUGUAAUCUUUAAUCUGCAGGGGGCGCUCACCGAUCCUUCAUACGGAACUCACUCAUUCCGUUGUGCCUUACGGGCCCUCUCUCGAGCCCAACCAGCAGCCGCACAGCGGCUCAGGAAAUGGGCAGAAUGGCAUUACCGACAAAUACAAGGGAGACUGGAAUGGCCAUUUCUGGCUCAUUAGCCGUCGUCAGCCAGUCAUACCCAAGCUCGAAGUGUGGAACACCCGAGCCUCGAAUUCGCGACCUGUUAGCUUAAAGUCUACGCCUCGAACCACUGAGUCACGAGGCCGUUGCCUUGUCGGUUUUCGAUCGGGAAUAUGCAAUGGUAGGGGACGCUCACCGAUAGUUCUUACGGAACUCACUAGUCCCGUUGUGUUUUACGGGCUCUCCCUCGAGCCAAACCGCGCAUGAUAUAGGCAGAAUGGCAUUACUAACCUCGGUUGUUCCACUCUUCGGGAUUGGGCAUGACUGGCUGACGAUGGCUAAUAAGCCAGAAAUGACCAUCCCAGUCUCCCUUGUCUUUAUCGGUUAUGCCAUACUAUCUGUAAGACAGUUUCGCUCUGGCUAAGUGAGUCUGGUUGCGGUGUUUGCAGUCGGUGAUAGCAACGACCGAGUCGACUGCGACGAGCAGGACUGCCAGAUGUUGAAAACAUGACUGAAAAUUCUGUUUAAUUUCUCGGGUUAACUUCAGGAAAACGACCUGAAAUCCUCGGUACUUCGAAUCAGUCUGUCCGGCUGGAUGGUGCAUAAAGUGCAUUGAAUAUUAGGGAAUAUUAGGAAACUAUUAGUUGCAUGUCUUUACAGUCCGAUAUUUCCUUCGCAUGCACGCUGCGCUCACAAAAUGGGAUUUUCGCAUAUGUGGCUAACUUGCGUUGGAUAUGGCUUGCUGAUAAGGCCUGCGGAGUAAAGAAUAGUCAAUCCAUGCCUCCUAUUUUUUGACGGCACUCGCUUGGUUAAAUUACUGGUCGCUAUGCAACUGUACCGGAGGGGCCCUAGGAUGCGAUGAGUCAAGUCUCUCCGAAAUCCCGUUCGGUGAACGUCUUUACAUAAUAGUUAACACUUUUGCUCAUAACCGGCAAAACAACAGACCCCUGGUCAAACGGUUGCAUGUUGGAUUACUAAACGUCAAAUGAUCUGAAAAUCCGGAUCCGAAUUCCAGGUUACCCGGAGUUGGAUUUGGUUACGAUCAACUGGCAAUGAAAAAGAGUCAAUACUUUUUAUCGAUCUCAGAUAAAAUGCUCGAUGGCACCCUAGGCAUUGGGAACAGGGCCUGCAGUACUGUGAGGAUGAAAAAAACAAUCAGUCUUUCUAGUGAAACUAGAGACCAUUUUCAAUCACAAUUGGAGAUCCAACAUGGUAACAGGAUUUUAAGUAUGUCAUGUCGAUACUGCGAGUAUGACUUUCGCAGUGAAAUUUUAAUGUAUCCUAUUACUUCCUAAAUUCCAUAAUAAACCCCUGCGGCAGAUCUCUUUCGGAAAAAUAAACAGUUUACGUCGUCUUUUGAAGGAAAUAAGGACUAUCAUGACUAAGGCCCCCAUCAUGACAUCGUCAUUUUAUUCGCCGCAAAUGGUGACGCAAUUCGGAUCAUGUCGAAAACGGGCUUUAUGUUAAAAAUGGACAAAAUGUUCACUGACGGAGAAACAUACAACCCAUUCCUCGGCAGUUUGACUAAAAACUGACAGCAGUUAAAAAGAAGUAGUUGAAUGAGCUUGCUUGACGGAAACUUACGGACGGCAAUGCACAAGGGCUAAUAUCCAUCAGUGGUUCUCGCACCGGACAUAUGGAUGGCCUUGAAAGUUUGGGCGUUUACCGUACACUUAAUCUGAUUACUCAUCCAUCAACUGAUCAGUUGCUUAAAUGGCGUCUUAAACACUAAACUGGCGGGGCUCAGUAUCGCAUACAAAAUUCUUCAGCACUUUCUCAAAUACUGAAAAACCCAAAUGCAGGUCCUGUGAAAUGAAAUCUCCUCCAUGACGUUGCCUUGUUUUCCCCAAUGUUGAUUGUUACACAGAUGACAGUUGUAUUACUUAAUUGAUUAACUUGUGUUUUAACUGACGCCUAAGGACAGUAUUAUCCGUAGUUUAUAAAAACAGAACUCGACUUGCCGAUAUAACAGCUCCUCGCUAUAAUAGUCAUAUAGUGAUUAGAAGAUCACUUCAAUCGAGGUCCUAAAUAAAAAUUAGUCUUCGUUACUUUGACGACGCCAUCAUGAUUUUAAGGGGCCGCGAGGCAAACAAUUUCAUCAGGAUUCAAAUAGCGGGCUCCCAUUGGCAAAAUGUCGUCGCAAGGAGACAUGAAUCAAAAGUUUCUUGUUGCGAAUGUUUGCACACAUGAAAUCAAGUAAUGGAAACUUCGCAGCAAACAUCCAGAGGAAAAGCUCUGAUGCUGUGAUCAUCCUGGACCAUGGAAGCAGCCAUUCAGCAUCGACCAAAAAAGACCGUGUCAGAAUCUUCUGCCAUCGUGAAUUUCGAGAUUGUACUAAUGAUGGUUUAGUAAAGAAAAGGGAGAGCCAGUGCCCUUCGACCGCAUAUCUUAAUUCCACCAGCACCUCAUUAAAUUUAUAAGACAGCAUAUCUGAGAUCUCAAGCAUAAAAAUUAAUGUUAUUACCCAAAAAGACAAGGGAGACUGGAAAAGCCUUUUCUGGCUUAUAAGCCGUCGUCAGCCAGUCAUACCCAAGCCCGGCCCGAUAGAGAGCCCGUAAGCCGCAACGGAACGAGUAAGUUCCGUAAGAACUAUCGGGAAACGCCCCCUACCACAGAGAUUAAUAUCCAACUUUAUUGGUGACCGCCCGCCGUAACCAGAUUAGUGAUGAACUCCUCCCUAAGCCAUUUAAUUUUUCCAAUCGCGAAAGGAGCGAUUCAUGAGCCCGUGGAUUAUUGACCCGUGAUUGAGUUGUAGUUGGCUGAUGUUUGAUAAUGGGCCAGAAAUGGGCAUGCCAGUCAUCUCAGUAUUUACUCGGCAUACCUAUGUGUCCUUUCAAUAGACAGCACUUAAGCAAACCUUUGGCGUGACUCUAUGUACUUGUUUUGGACUCUUUCUACCGCCUAGUUUUCCCAGAAAGGUGUGUGGACCCCCGGGACUGAGGCGGUGAUUGAGGUUAAAUUAACCUUCCUGGUUAAUUUAAGCGGUAACAGCUACCCUUCGGUUGGUCAGCAUGUGACUGCAUUUCUCGCAUCUGCUUCUGCGGCAGAGGGAGCCGAAAACCAGACAAAAAACUUCCACAUGUCUUCGUUGCCAUCGAUGCCAGAUGACAGUGAAGGUAAGUACUUCUGUUUGUAAGAACAGGAGAUUUUUAGAUGUACAGUAGAUGUGCUAACUCAUGAAAUGUCAACCAAAAUUUCCAAGUGUGUUCUCGUUCCGAAAAGAUAAAUUAAGUAGUAUUGUAAAACUAAUCAUCAUGCAGCAUAAAUCUAUAAUGAUCCAGUUAACUCAGGGCGUCAACUUUCGAAAGAACUUAUUGUCGGCUGCAUGCAAAAUCUAUACUUUGCAAAAAAUGACUACGUAAGUAGCAUGCAAUUUUCUCAUUGAUUUUCGAUGCCCUUGAAAAUUCAAUUAUGUUUCGUGGAAAACAUGCAUAGAAAUAUUCAUCCUUUCACUUUUUAGGUAAAAAAUCACGUCUUCUUCCAAUUUCAUACUCGAAAGAAAAGUAUAAUUCGGUUUUAAAAAAGUUUAUAAUUUUGAGAUCUUUUAAUACCGUUAAAUGGCCGUUCAUGAAACGUCAUGUAUCUGCAUUUACGAAUGUGGCUUGUAAAAUUAACAAUAUUGCUCAAAUCCACUGCUUAAUUUUAUGAACUACAUAUGGUUUCCUCUUAGCACCGUAGUGAAAUGCAUGGUUCUCCGUACACGGAAAAUAUACAACUUGUAGUUUUGAAACCCUGAAUGCAAGUGUAACAAGAGGUCGGGUUCAAAAUUAUUCGGGAAUUAGAAAAGUUUUUUUAAACCGAAUUAUACUCUUCUUUUGAGUAUGAAAUUGGAAGAAGACGUGAUUUUCUACCGAAUAAGUAAAAGAAUGAAUAUUUUUAUGCAUGUUUUCCACGAAACAUAAUUGAAUUUUCAAGGGAAUCGAAAAUCAAUGAGAAAAUUGCAUGCUACUUAAGUAAUCAUUUUUUUCAGAGUAAAGAUCUUGCAUGCAGCUGACAAUAAGUUCUUUCGAAAGCCGACACCCUGAGGUAACUGAAUCAUCAUAGACUUAUGCUGCAUCAUGAUUAGUUUUACAACACUACUUAAUUUAUCUUUUCGGAUCGAGAACGCAUUUCGAAAUUUUGGUUGACAUUUCAUGAGUAAGCACAUCUACUGUACAUCUUCUUAACGCAUAGUAAUGCUCUAAGAAAUAAACAUUUCUGACUUUUUAGGUGACGUGGUCAUUUUCUUAUCUUCGCAGCCUUUGAUGCAAAUAAUCGACCAUCAUGAAGGUCAAAAUUGUAGCCAGUUUCUCCAAAAUGAGAUGCAAUUUGCAAGUUUGUAUCCAGUCUUGAAGCUACCAGUUUGUGGUCCAGGAGACGGGUCUCCAAUUUAUGUUCAUUUUCUCCGACGUAGUUUCAGUUCCCAUUGUUGCAGCAUGUUCAAGGAGCACCCACCAUAGGACGAAGCACCUCAAUAACAGAAUGACUCGCACAUGAGACCUGGUAUUCAGUUGCUUACAUCUAUAAACUGGAUUUAGAUGAGCAGAAUAAACCCUGAAAUCUGAAAUAUAAGUACUUUUGUGUUAGAAGUCAUGCGAAUUUCUCAGAUGUUCACACUGUUAUAGUGUUUAUAUGAUGUCGCUCACUAAUGACAUGGAAGUCCAUUUUAACUUCAUUUGCCGUCUUCUGAGUUAACUGUGACUUAAUAUUUUUACUCAUCCUACUGACUGACUUAAAACCCUAUUAGUGACGUUUUCUUUGCUUUCCCUGUCUCCGUUUAAUGAUUUGAGGCCAAGGUUUAAAUCCAGCUACUAUCUACAACUGGAAAGAUUUCCGUAAAUUUCAGUGGAAAGGGGGCCAGUAACAGACCUCUUGGUUAACCAAUCAGAAAUAGAAGUCAAUUAUUGUCCGUUGGUUGGGUCUAACUUCUCCGAACUCCCCCAUGUGCUCUCAUUCAAUCCCACUGGGCUUCUAUCCAACCUUAUUGCGACAAGGCUCUUGCAGGAGUGCAGAAGUUAAAUAGGGCGCACUACCUGAAUUGCUGAGUAAACGGAGCCGCAGUUUCUGGGCUGCAGUGAUCUCGAUGAAUGACAUUUUUCUUAUGCAAACACUAUAUCUAGGGCGACACAAUUGUUGACUUGCGCGCAGAGUAGGGAUUUUGACGGCAUUUUGCGUACGGCAGGUUAUGCGUAAGAAUAUAGAUUUUCACCUCUGAAUUAUAACUCCCUGAGUCACGGAAUAAUAUGAUUCUAUCUGACUUUUACUGUCGAACUGUUUAGAGACCUCGAAUAUUAAUCAGAAAUAUGGACAGAAGAGUUCUCAUGUGUUUUAUUUGACUAAAUAUCAAUUUUUGUGUUUGAAAUGGGUUAUUGAGCCCAACCAGAGAAUAGUGCUAAUUUCCCUGAGUACGUUAUUAAAUUAAAUUGAUCAGUAUUUACAUAUGGCUGACCGACUGUUGGCAGUUUGCAAAUAGUACGCCGUUAUUCCGCCGAAACCGAUGGGUUUCAGUUUAGAUGCUCAGAACGGUCGGCAAUACAAAUGUUCACUAGCGUAAUUCCAGGAAAUUUAAAUAAUCCCCUCUCCUAACCCUAACACAAUUCUUAACCCUAACUUUGCCUUAAAUCUGACUUAAAACCGUACCCUAGAGCUUUCGCUACCCAUAACUCUAACCUCAAUCCUCCUGGAAGUUAGCACAAAGGGCCGCCGGAAUAGGGGGGGAGGGGCGUGUUGUCUUCCCAUGCCAUACCAGUUAAUAAAUACUUAUUUACGACCGACUGCCUGUUGGCAGUUUGUGAAAAAUCCGCAGCAGCUGUAAAAAAAUAUGCACCGUGACAUUUACUCCAAGUUACCGCACUAAUAAAGGCGAAAUAUCGAGAUGCAGGUGUAUGCAUAAUAGAAGAAGAAGAGUCGAGCACCGGAACACUGUUUAUUAUCCUGAGUUUUCAGACUCGUACAGCUUCGUUCAGACGCUCACGCCGGAAACAAGUGAAGUCCAGAAUUGAUUGAAGCCUGAUGUUCGGAUAAGAACUCGGUCAAUCGAUUUAUCGAUUUGGCGCCGGCGUACAGAGCCCUGCAUAUUCACCUCCAGUCUUGCGCCGUCGGUCGAUGAUUGGCCUACAUGCCUUAUAACUGCCGCUUGUUCAGCUGCUGCUUCUAUCUCUGACGAUGGACUUCUGUACAAGUCUGAAAUCUCAGGACAAUAAACAAAAUGUUCCGGUGCUAGACUCUUCUUCACUGCCGCAUUAAGUUCUGAGGAAAUGAACGAGCUUUCCAGCCGGUAGUCAUUGUUAGAUCUAAACAAAAGACAGCAAUUGCGUUUAAAUUAUUGAAACAGUCUCCAGUUUCUCCGAUCUCAGGUCAGGACACUUCCCUGGCAUAGAGUUCAGCAAAACCAAAUUAUGCACAACGCGUCCUGUGCUCUGUAAUUAUCUUUUCUGGAUUGAGAUCUUGCUGAAUUCGGAAGCAUCUCCUGACCUUUCCAAACACUGCUGUUUUUUGCACCCCCCAUUUAGAACAUCUCGGGAUGCGAGGUUUACCCGGAGCAAUUCCUCGAAUGGGCUUUUUAGUUAACGAGGACGAAAUAGUGUAUUGCACCGUCUUACGAAGGGCAUUCUUAGCGCCCACAUAUGUACGCGAAUGCUUCCGAGCCAGAACUGACAGCCCUCGAAAAUGGCAAGGUAUGGCAAGUGCAGCCUACAUACCUAAACUGCGUCGUAUACUUUGCCAAAAGUAGGUACCAUAUAUUGCUUUUCUGUUUCAGUUAUCGAUACUGCUGUGGCCUAUAUUGGGGCUUACAUAAAGACCAGCGGCAAAUUUCUGGGUGUUGGACAGCAGGGCGGAGACUUUUUGGCAAGUGAUGCUUCAAGAGGACACUGGUAUCACUUGGGGAAAUACUACUACACUCACUACGCCAACAAUAUUUCCCGCCUAGAUGAUCGAAUUCUGGCCUUCACGUUGUCUGGAGAGGAAGAUGUUGUGGAUGGUCAUUGCAAACACUUGGACAAAAAUUGGUCAGGUAAUCUCAAAAAAUGCCAGCACAGCGCACUCCUUAAAUGGAACAGCACCCCAAUCCUUCGGCACUAUAUAACAUAG